AUGGCUUCACUUGGAUUGUCCCACAAUUUUAAAUGGAGCAGGUGGAACCAGGGUGCUGGAAGGCGUCGUGCCGUUCUUUUAGUUAGGGAAGUUCUAGGAAAAAAGCAUCUGCCUGGAUUUAGUACCCUGCUGAUAACCCCCUUGAACGCUACUGUGGUAGAUUGUGAUGAAGGUUCACAAGAAUUUAUUGCCACACCACAUUCUAAAUCAGAAGGGUUUUAUCCGGACUUACACCAACUUGCAAUUGGAGUGAUCGCCUCUCCUUCGUCGAGGAAAAAAAGUCAAGAAACGCCACCUCAACUUAUACAUCAUUUGGCAGAAUUUCUUAAAGACGUCAGCGUUAUGAGUUACUGUUAA